CCUAUCAUCAAGUGGGGGUGGAGACUCACAGAUUCUCCAAAAACACAAAGAUUGUUCUUGUGCCAGCACAGUACACCCUGUGUGUUUGUGAAUCAGAGAUGCAUGUGUACAUGUUGCUCACCGUUGUCUGGACCUUGCGGGCUGUUGAGGGCUUCAGCUCAGGCAAAGUUCAAAACAGCUGUAAUACCAUGGAACCGCAGCACAAAACCACCGGACAGACAUCUCAAGCCCCAUUCUCUAUCUCCAUGAAUCACACCACUUUCCAGAAAGGUGAUGUCAUUGCAGUGACACUCCAAGCAGGACCCAACCAGUUCAUGGGCUUCCUCUUACAAGCCCGCGGAGUCGGACAGACCCAGCCUCUGGGCACUUUCACUGUGACAGGAAGCAAUGCCCAGCUUCUUAACUGCAGUGGGCUUAAUAACUCAGCAGUUUCCCAUACGUCUGCCUCACUCAAAACAUCAGUGACAGCUCUGUGGACGGCUCCAGUGACAGGAAACCUAGGAAACAUUACAUUCAGUGCUACCUUUGUUCAAACUGCAAAGGUCUAUUGGACUCAAGUCAAAAGUUCUGUGGUUGUUUAUAAUGCUAAACCUCUUCAAAAUACAAGCACAACAGCUCCAUCUCUUGUAAGUACACUAGCAUUCUAUAGGUGA